AUGUAUGUCAAGCAGAUCAUUAUCCAAGGCUUCAAGAGCUACAAGGACCAAACGGUCAUUGAGCCAUUUUCCCCUAAACACAACGUUAUUGUUGGCCGCAAUGGUUCCGGCAAGAGUAACUUCUUUGCGGCCAUCCGCUUCGUUCUUAGCGAUGCAUAUACCCACCUCGGAAGGGAGGAGCGACAAGCCCUCUUGCACGAAGGUUCCGGUUCAGCUGUGAUGUCCGCCUACGUGGAGAUUAUCUUCGACAACUCCGACGAUCGAUUCCCUACCGGCAAACCUGAGGUCGUCCUCCGUCGUACUAUCGGCAUCAAGAAGGACGAAUACACCCUCGAUCGCAAAAAUGCCACCAAGAACGAUGUUAUGAACUUGCUCGAGUCGGCCGGUUUCUCUCGAUCCAAUCCUUACUAUAUUGUCCCGCAAGGUCGAGUCACUGCUUUGACUAAUAUGAAGGAUUCGGAGCGUCUGGUCCUACUCAAGGAAGUUGCCGGUACCCAGGUCUACGAAGCUCGUCGAUCGGAGUCUCUGAAAAUCAUGAACGAGACCAAUAGCAAACGCGCGAAGAUCGAUGAACUCCUGGACUACAUCAAUGAACGACUUGCCGAACUUGAGGAAGAAAAGGACGAGCUUCGAAGCUUCCAAGAGAAAGACAAGGAACGCCGCUGUUUAGAAUACACCAUCUACUCACUCGAACAACAGGAAAUCGGCAAGGUUCUCAAUGAGAUCGAAGAGCGGCGACAGAAUGGAGUUGAGGAUGCCGACAACAAUCGUGAUCAGUUUGUUGAAGGCGAGAAAGCCAUGGCCCAGAUUGAUGCUGAGAUCGCGGAAUGCCGACAACAAAUUGAGUUCCUAAAGGUUGACAAGGCCCAACUAGAGGAUGAGCGCCGUGAAGCAUCCAAAACUCUGGCUCAGUACGAAUUGCAGGCCAAGUCUCUUUCCGACAAUCAGGCUGCCGCUCAGGCACUGAAGUCACGAUACGACGCCGACCUCAGCUCUGUUCAAACCGCUAUUGCCGAGCGCGAGGCUGAAUACCAGGAGAUCCUCCCGCGCUUCAAUGCCUUGAAGGAUCAGGAAGAUACUGCCAAGUCGCAAUUGAUGGAUGCCGAGACAUCGCGUCAGCGUCUGUAUGCAAAGCAGGGCCGGAACUCAAGGUUCAAAAACCAGUCCGAACGAGACAAGUGGCUCAACCUGGAAGUCCGCGAAAGCCAAAGCUCUAUCAAAACGGUGCAGAGUGUGAUCUCCCAGACCCAGGACGACAUCAAGGACCUGGAAGCCGAGAUUGCUGCUUUGGAGCCGGAGACUGAACGCUUGCGCCAACAGAUCGAUGGACGAGGCGAUACAAUGCACUCGGUAGAUCAACUAGUUCAAGAUGCUAAGGAUGAACGGGAUCGUUUAAUGGACCAGAGAAAGGAACUCUGGAGAGAGGAGGCAAAGCUCGACUCGGUGCUUUCCAAUGCAUCCCAGGAGGUGGACCGUGCGGAGCGCAACCUCUCACACAUGAUGGAUAACAACACCAGUCGCGGAAUUGCUGCAGUGCGCCGAAUUGUGCGCCAGCAUAACCUUGAAGGGGUUUAUGGUACUUUGGCUGAACUUUUCGAUGUCAGCGACAGGUAUCGUACCGCUGUCGAAGUAACCGCUGGCCAGAGUCUCUUCCACUACGUUGUCGACACCGAUGAAACUGCAACAACUGUUCUCGAGUACCUGCAGAAGGAGAAGGCUGGCCGUGUGACUUUCAUGCCUCUAAACCGUCUUCGCACUAGGCCGAUGGUCAUGCCCCGUGCUAGUGACACAAUCCCCAUGAUCGAUAAGUUGCAGUACGACCCAGCAUAUGAGAGAGCCUUCCAGCACGUGUUCGGCAAAACCAUCAUUUGCCCUAACCUGCAAGUUGCCUCGCAAUACGCUCGCAGUCACGGUGUCAAUGCUAUCACUCCCGAGGGUGAUCGGUCAGACAAGCGUGGUGCUCUUACCGGUGGUUACCAUGACUCCCGUCAGUCACGACUGGAAGCCGUCAAGGGUCUAGGAAAGUGGCGAGAUGAGUACGAAAUUAAGAAAAACCGGGGCACAGAAAUUCGAAAAGAGUUGGAAGCACUUGACCAACUGAUCACAAAGGCCGUCGGUGAACUGCAAAAGCUCGAGCAACAGAGGCAUCAGGUUCAGAACAGCAGUGGGCCUCUGCGACAGGAGUUGAGAGCCAAGCGUGAUCUUCUCCAACAAAAGAACGACAACCUCGAAGCCAAGCGACGCGCUCUGCGGAAUGUGGAGUCUAAUCUUGCGGCAUUGAAUGAUCAGGUCAAUGCUUUCCAGGCCGAAUUAUCAUCGCCUUUCCAGAAAGCCCUCACCACGGAAGAGGAAGCUCAAUUGGAGACCUUGAGCAGCACAGUGCAAGACCUGCGCCGCCAGUACCAAGAGCUUUCGAGUCAGCGCAGCGAGCUGGAGGCACGCAAAUCGGUGCUGGAAGUUGAGCUUCGAGAGAACCUCAACCCUCGCCUUGAUCAACUCCUGAACCGGGACCUUGACAUUGCCGAUGAGGAAGUCCAGGGCAACCUGAAGGAGACACAGCGUGAGGUGAAACGCAUUAGUCAGGCUUUGGAGAAGCUGAAUGCACGGCUGAAGGAGGUUGACGUUUCGAUUGAGGAAGGUAAUGCUCGGGUUUUGGGAUUGCAACAGCGUAACGCGGAGACCCGGCGGGAGAUCGAAGAGCUCGCUCGAUCUAUCGAGAAGCACCAACGCCGUAUGGAGAAGAGCAUGCAAAAGAAGGCCGCACUAACCAAGCAGGGUGCUGAAUGUGCAGCCAACAUUCGCGCCCUCGGAGUCCUUCCGGACGAAGCGUUCACCAAAUACCAAAACACCGACUCCAACACUGUUGUCAAAAAGCUGCACAAGACAAACGAGGCUCUCAAGAAGUAUUCUCAUGUCAACAAGAAAGCUUUCGAACAGUACAACAGUUUCACCAAGCAACGUGAGACUCUGACAACCCGUCGGUCCGAGCUGGAUGCGUCGCAAAAGUCCAUCGAUGACCUCAUCGCUGUUCUCGAUCAACGCAAAGAUGAAGCCAUUGAGCGGACAUUCAAGCAGGUCUCUAAAGAGUUCCACAACGUCUUCGAAAAGCUUGUUCCAGCCGGUCGCGGUCGUCUUAUCAUUCAGCGAAAGACCGACCGUGCUGCCCGGACCGAUGACGACGUUGACUCCGACGACGAGCAAGCUCGGCAAAGUGUCGAGAAUUACGUCGGCGUUGGCAUCAGCGUGAGCUUUAAUAGCAAGCACGAUGACCAGCAGCGUAUUCAACAGCUGAGUGGUGGACAAAAGAGUCUUUGUGCCCUCGCACUCGUCUUCGCCAUCCAGGCUUGUGAUCCUGCGCCUUUCUACUUGUUCGAUGAGAUCGAUGCCAAUCUGGAUGCGCAGUAUCGUACCGCUGUUGCACAGAUGCUCAAGUCUAUCUCCGACUCGACCAACGGACAGUUCAUCUGCACUACCUUCCGACCUGAGAUGUUGCAUGUGGCCGAGAAGUGCUACGGUGUAAGCUUCCGGCAGAAGGCCAGUACCAUCGAUGUCGUUUCAAGAGAAGAGGCUCUGAAGUUCGUGGAAGAGCAGAAGACGUAG